CGCUGGAUGGACAAAUGAAUGAAGCGGAAACGCCGCCAGCAAUGUUUUCCUUCCCCGCACCAAUGAUCCUGGACUUCUCCGUGCGGGAGAGCAUCAGAGGCAGUCAGCCAAUGAGAGAGCACACAGGAUUUAGGAUACAUGCGCCAUUUUACUGCGUCCACAGCCAUCCGGCAAGAUGGUCCCCUUGCUUUGUCUACCCUGACCGGAGUUGUUUCGGUAAUAUGAGUCUGGUUUCUUCUGAGUCAAGUCUAGACCAAAUGGCAGAAAAAGAAAACGAGCCUGGCAGCUCAGCAGAAACUAUGAAGCCUUCCUCUUCUCGGAAUAAGAGGAAGCCCGCUACUGUAGCAAAGCACACUGGACUGAAGGAAUCUGAGGCCUCUGCUGAGAGUGAAAAUGAAGGUGCCAUGUCUGAAAAUCCUUCAGACUGUAACGGGGGCAGCACAUCUAAAGGCACAUUAGUGAUGAGGCCAGCUGGGAAUGAAAGUAAAGGUGCCAUGAAGCUCAGAGUGGAUUUCAAACAGAAGUAUACAGAUGAUGCCCUGCAGAAGAAGGUAAGCUGCACUGCCUGUGGAAAACAAGUAAAUCAGUUUCAGCGCAACUCUGUGUAUAAGCAUCCUGCACUCAAAGUACUUAUUUGCAAGUCAUGCUAUAAUUAUUACAUGAGUGAUGACAUCAGCAAAGACUCUGAUGGGAUGGAUGAACAGUGCAGGUGGUGUGCUGAAGGAGGUAAGCUCAUCUGCUGUGACUACUGCAACAACGCCUUCUGCAAGAAGUGCAUUCUGCGCAACCUGGGCAGGAAGGAGCUGUCAGUAAUUACUGAUGAGAACUCCAAGUGGCAUUGCUAUGUCUGCAUUCCAGAGCCCCUCCAGGACCUGGUCUCCAAAUGCCACCGUAUCAUGGAAAAACAAGAACUUGUGAAACUCAAGCAACGAAAGACGGAUAAAACAGAGGAAAGUGAGAGAAAGAGACAUAAGAACAAAUCAGUCAAAGAGCACAAAGCUGUUGUCAAUGGAAAAGAACACGUCGAGGGCUCAGGGACCAUGAUUUUUACCUUCAAAAAACUGCAGGUACCCAAAGAACUUAUAAAGAAAGCAAAAAAGCUGGUUGAAACUACAACUGGCCUGAACAACACAUUCAUCCAGUUCAUCCAGCAGAAAGCUGAGGAGCAGGGAGAAGUGUCUGUCAGGUACCGACAUUUGAAGGCCUUCAAGGCCGUGCUUGCCGAUUUGAAAAAAGCACACAGUGCUUUGGAAGCUGCUUUGGAACCUGAGUUCAGAAAUAUGGAGUUGCAGAAUGGUAAUGGAGGACAGCAUAUAACAAGAAAGAGCACCGAUGUUUUGGCCUCUGCAGAAAAUGAUCAUAUGGAUACUGUGGAGAAAGCAGUUGAUCAGGCUAACGUAGCGGAGGAGCUGGACGAGGAGCAGCAUAAUGAGCAGGAGGUGAACAAGGAUCAAAGUUUAAAUGAGACUGAAAUGAAAGACAACCAAACAGACGUGGAUGUAACUCAAGAGGCAGUUAAAACUGAAGUCUGUAAUGAUGGGCUAGUGUCCGCUGGUGAAAUGUCUCUAGAUGACGACAUUAUGUCUGUGCCACCUUCGGUUCCCGAAGAGCUUUUUCAAAUGGUGGCGAGUCUGGCGGAUUCCACCACACUCUCACAGACUGAAACUGAUGUGGUCAUAGACAGUGAUACCAAGUCAAAUGGCAGCUCAACAGAAACUCAGCACCCCCAGCCCAAAGUAAAGAACCUCAUAGUCAAGCUGACUCCUGUCCCAGUUGCGACGACAUGUGAUUCAAGGUCCUCCAGACACAAAAACAGAGAAAAAGAUGGUGAGCUGCCAGAAAAGUGUAAAGAAAAAGAAUAUAAGGAGGAGAAGGAUGCUGCUGAUACAGUAGAUGAGCUAGGCAGCCCACCACCCAGCCGUCGCUCUAGUAGAGUGAAGACCACUCCUUUGAGGAAGCAAGCUGAAAGGAAGCAACCUACCUCUGAGUCAGAGUCGGAGGAGGCGGGAAAGAGCAAGUCCAAAUCCUCCAAGAAGUCCAUUAACACCAAAAAAGAGGACGAGAGGCAGACCAGAGCUUCAGAGAAAAAGAAAAUAGAUUCUGACUCAGAUGAAGUUCCUCACAUACUGUUAGAGAAAGCUGCACAAGGUCACAGCACAGAUGAAGAGCAGGGAAGCAAUGGUACUAAAAAGCACUUGCUCAAACUAAACACAUCCAUACAGGUUACAGACAAAACAGUCAAACGUAAAAGGAAGCCUGAAAGCUCUGAUUCGGAUUUGGAGAACAAAAGUAAAAAGAAUAAACAGAACAGUUCAGAGUCCUCUAACUCUGAGUCUGAUCAGGGGAAGGAAACAAAAACCAAAAUGGGCGCAGUGAAGAGGAGAUCGAGUCGUGUGAAGAAACAUAAUGAAGCAAAAGAGGAAGACAAAAACCUGCUUGAGAAGAAGAUAGCCAUGCGCAAAAGGUCUUACGAAAAGAAGCUCAAGGGAAGGAAUCUCAAAGCAGCCACUAAGCUGGAGUCAUCAUCCAGUGAGAAUGAGGAGGAGCAGCAGCAGUCUGAAGGUGGCUCCGGAGAGGACAGUGAUGAAGAAAAGAUCAAACCCCUUGUGGAGGAUAAUGUGCUGGGAGGUAGUGGAGUUUUACAUCAAUCCUCAGGAGAUGAAGUGGAUGAUAAAGAAGAAGUCUCUGGAUUUUGUGAAGAAGGUGAUGAUGAUGAUGACCCUGAAAACAGGAUUGCAAAGAAAAUGCUUCUUGCCCAAAUAAAAUCCAACUAUUCUUCAGGAGCAGAGAGCUCCUCUGAUAAUGAUGACAAGGAUGAAAAGCCAUCGAAGAAAGUUAAAAAAGUCGAUGAAGAUGAAGAGGAGGAGCAAGAUGAUACAGAUACAGAAGACUCCGGUUCUGAUGUUGAAGUGAAGAAACAUGGCAGGCGGCACAAAUUGCUUCGUCAUAAACUCUCGCUGAGUGAGGGUGAAUCAGACGAGGAGAACGCUUCUAGUCACAAGAAGAAGAAGAAGAAGGCAGGCAAGAAGAAGUCAGGACGGAAAGUGGACAGUGACGACUCUGCAGACUCAGACUUUGAGAACUCGGAGUCCGAUGCAGAGUCGGGGAUAAGCGAGGCGGUUAGUCAAUCAGAGGACGAGGAAAAGCGUCGAAAAACCAGAUCUUCAAAGAAGAAGGAUGAGGAGAACCAGAGAAGUUACAAGCAGAAGAAGAAGCGACGCAGGAUCAAAGUUCAGGAUUCCUCUUCUAGCAAUGAGAAGAGCGGAGACGAAGAUGGCGAGGAUCAAGAUGGAGAGGGACGUAAAGGACGCAAAAAGAUCCGCAAAAUCCUGAAGGAUGACAAGCUGCGUACGGAGACGAGAGAUGCUCUGAAAGAAGAGGAAGAGAGGAGAAAACGUAUAGCAGAGAGAGAGGCUCUUAGAAAAAAACUUCGAGAGGAGAUUGUUGUGGAGGAAUCUUCCCAGGUGACGUGUCCCAUCACCACCAAGCUGGUGCUGGAUGAGAAUGAAGAGACCAAGGAGCCAAUGGUACAAGUGCACAGGAACCUUGUCACAAAGCUCAAACCUCACCAGGUUGACGGCGUUCAGUUCAUGUGGGACUGCUGCUGUGAGUCUGUGAAGAAGACUGAGAAGUCUCCUGGCUCCGGCUGCAUACUUGCUCAUUGUAUGGGCCUGGGAAAAACUCUGCAGGUGGUGACAUUUCUUCAUACUUUGCUGCUAUGUGAAAAGCUUGUUUUCAAUACAGCACUUGUGGUCUGUCCCCUGAACACUGUCCUUAAUUGGCUCAAUGAGUUUGAGAAAUGGCAAGAAGGAUUGAUGGAUGAAGAAAGUUUAGAGGUGACUGAACUGGCCACCGUAAAGAGGCCACAGGAGCGAGCGUACGCCCUCCAGCAAUGGCAAGAGAACGGCGGCGUUAUGAUCAUUGGCUACGAGAUGUACCGCAACUUGACGCAGGGCAGGAACAUCAAGAGCAAGAAGCUCAAAGAGAUCUUUCAGAAAACACUGGUGGAUCCAGGUCCAGACUUGGUCAUCUGUGAUGAAGGCCACGUCCUGAAGAACGAGGCGUCUGCUGUGUCCAAGGCGAUGAACUCCAUCCGGACAAAGAGGAGGAUUGUGCUGACUGGAACGCCUCUGCAAAACAACCUUAUUGAAUACCACUGCAUGGUGAACUUCAUCAAGGAAAACCUGCUUGGCUCAGUAAAGGAGUUCAGGAACCGCUUCAUUAACCCCAUCCAGAACGGCCAGUGUGCUGACUCCACACUACAUGAUGUCCGCAUCAUGAAGAAGAGGGCUCAUAUCCUCUACGAGAUGCUGGCCGGCUGUGUCCAGAGGAAGGAUUACACAGCUCUCACCAAGUUCCUGCCUCCCAAACAUGAAUAUGUGUUGUCAAUUAGAAUGACUCCAAUCCAGUGCAAACUCUACAGAUACUACCUGGAGCACUUCACAGGUGUGGGGAAUUCUUUGGAUGGGGGCCGAGGCCGCACAGGGACCAAACUCUUCCAGGAUUUCCAGAUGCUCAGCAGAAUCUGGACCCAUCCCUGGUGCCUUCAGCUGGACUACAUCAGUAAAGAAAACAGGGGUUUCUUUGACGAGGACAGCAUGGAGGAAUUCAUUGCGUCAGAAACAGAGGAAUCCUCUGCAAGUAUGACAUCUGAGGAUGAGAAGCUCAAAAAGAAAAAGAAACAAGGGAAGGGAAAAAAGAAGGGAUCUGAAGACUCCUCACAGUCGGACAGUGAUGAUGUGGAGGUCAUCAAGGAGUGGAACUCCAGCUCUCGUGGCAAAAAUGGGGAGGGUCGGAACAGAGUAGAGCCUGUAGAGGAAUCUCGGCCCUCUGGCUCAGCACCAGGGAGUCCGACUGCUGACUGGCACAAGGAGUUUGUCACCGAGGCCGAUGCUGAGGUCCUGGAGCACUCCGGAAAGAUGGUGCUCCUUUUUGAGAUCCUGCGCAUGGCAGAGGAAGUAGAUGAGAAAGUGUUGGUGUUCAGUCAGUCUCUUAUCUCUCUGGACCUGAUUGAGGAUUUCCUUGAACUGGCUUGCAGAGCUAAUGAUGAAGACAAAAUCUCUCCAUACAAAGGUGAAGGCAAGUGGUACAGAAACGUUGACUAUUACCGCCUGGAUGGAUCCACCAAUGCCACCACCAGGAAGAAGUGGGCUGAAGAUUUCAACGACACCAGUAACACAAGAGGUCGUUUGUUCCUCAUCUCAACACGAGCCGGCUCACUUGGCAUCAACCUGGUAGCAGCCAACAGGGUCAUAAUCUUUGACGCCUCCUGGAACCCCUCCUAUGACAUCCAGAGUAUCUUCAGGGUCUACCGCUUUGGCCAGCUUAAGACCGUCUAUGUCUACAGGUUCCUGGCCCAGGGUACAAUGGAGGAAAAGAUUUAUGAGCGGCAGGUAACCAAGCAGUCUCUCUCAUUCCGGGUGGUGGACCAGCAGCAGAUUGAGAGACACUUUACAAUGAACGAGCUGGCUGAGCUCUACACUUUUGAGCCAGACUUGCUGGAUGAUCCCUCAGAGAAAAAGAGCAAGAGAGCAACACCCAUGCUCCCUAAGGAUCUCAUCCUGGCUGAGUUGCUGCAGAACAGUAAGGACCACAUCGUGUGUUACCAUGAACAUGAUUCCCUGCUGGACCACAAAGAGGAGGAAGCCCUGAGCGAAGAGGAUCGCAAGGCUGCCUGGGCCGAGUAUGAAGCGGAGAAAAAGGGAUUGUCCAUGAGGACCAACCACCAAUUGUCAUAUUCCCAGAUGGACAUGGGUGCCUCCAACUACUUCUCUUACAACAUGGCAGCUUUGGCCAACAUGACCAACCAGCAGCUGGAGGACCUUAUAAAUCAGGGACGACAGAAAGUCAUUCAAGCAACAAACGCAUUGAAGAGUUUAGUGCGGGAGUCGCUGGAGGAUUCCAUCGCCAGCGUAUGGAAGGACAACCCGGCACUCACCGAGGUUCAGGUCCAGUCCAUGGCUCUGGCACGACAGGCCAGCAUAGAGCUGGAGAUCAAGCACAGGGAGGCUAUGUACAGAGACGCUCUCACCAGGCAGCAGACGCUGAUGAUGGUCGUGCAGAAGCUGAUCACCGCCAGGAAGAUGCAGGAGCAGCAGCUGGCCAUGGCUAACCAGGCCAACUACCUGAACCAGCUGGCUCUGCAGAAUGGCAUGAUGGGAGCCGGGCUCAGCCAGAUGGACCUUCUGGGGCUUUACCAGCAGUUCCACGGCUUGGGGUCCCAUCAAGGUAUGGGCAAGAAUCCUGGGCCCUCCAAGGGCCUGUAGGUCAGAAGGACUCUUCCUCCACCCCACCCCACUCAACUAGCUGGCUCCCACUGGUUCAAUCCAAGUGCGGACUUAUAACAAAUGCACUGUGAGACCACAGGGCUCAAGCAAACCAGUGCACCCAGGGUGGUGUAGUGUUGAGACUAGGCUGCUGUCCACUGGGGCCUCAAGUGGGAUAGACACUCAGUUCUUGAUUCUGUAAUUCACUGAGAGAAGGUGGAAGAUAAUGUACAAAUAGCUCUGUGAAAGCAUUGUGCAGUUUGAACACAAAAAAAAUGUAUAUACUGCCUUAAUGUUAUUCAAGUUCUGUAUCUACAUUUUUCAUGUAUUUAAAGACAAGUUUUACCCCCAAUGCUUUAAAGCAUUGUAUUAUUUUUCCCCUUCAAAGAGGGUUUCCUUAUUAUUUAAACUCAGUGUUUUAUACUGCUUGAAAUACCUAAACUAAACCAGAAUGGGACCAGUGUAGCUGGUGACAGGACUCUCAUGUAAAGCAUGAUUAUUAGCCCCAGUAGAUUCCUCCAUCAAUGUCUAGCAAAGCAGAUGUUGGUGCUGUCAAGUCCUGUUGUUUUUGCAAGGGAGAAGAAACUGAUUCACAAAAGCAGAAAAGAUUUUUUAAACCUGGCCUUAUUCAUUUCCUAAAAAUGAUCUGUAAAGUUCUGAGAUUUGUCGAGAAUCUUUUUUAUUAUGCUUUUACGUGUUUACAUUAGUAGUUGCUGAACAUGGUAAUGGAAUGCUUGUGUUGUUCAAAACUGCCUGCUGGUUCCUAUGAACUUUUUGUAACAUCAUUAUCAUUGUCACGUGUUGUCUAGCAUAGCAAUGUGCAUCCUGUUCAUUGUUUACGUUCCACUUGCGUUGAUUCCAAGCUCGGGUAAGUGACUGGGUCUCACAAAGCACAACCAGUUCAGCCAUGUAUCACAGGGCCCAAAACUUUCCCCUUGACUGCAGGAUUGAUGUAACUGAAAGGAAUAAAGACUGAAAAUCAGAGGAUAUCUGGCUGAUUUGUGUCCUCUGCUUUGUGAGGAAAUGCUUUCCUGGACACUGGUCUCACCAGGCUGGCACCCAGACUACCUGUACUCUGGCACAUUUGUUAUUUCUAAAUGCUUAAACUGAUGUAACUGUUAAACACAAGGAAUAUGUAUGUAUCAUAAAGAGACACCUGUUGUCUCUAGUUGGCUCCUGUGUUUGCAUAAGGUGUAUUUAAUGUAGAGAAACUUCUCACCCCCCCUUUAAGAAUGUUCUUAUGUGGGAAAAUACAUUGUUUUGAUUUUAUCAGUUUGUUCUGCUAUUAUCUUAAGUAUUAAAUCCUGGUUAACAUUUAAUAAAGUGACCAAAAUGAUGA